CUAAGCUAGGAAGACGCAAGAGGACGAUAUUUCGCAGAAGCUUCCUAGCUGCUGUGGAGCUUGCCGUCUUGCCUUCCCUUCCUAAUCGCCACCCACUCUCGUCUUCUUCAUCGCUCGAUCUAUUUAUUAUUUUUGUGAACUCGAGGAUCUUAUUUCGAAGAUCUUUCCUUCUGUCUGGCCUUUGCCGACUGUGGUCACCCAAGUAUUUAUUUUUAAGCAACCGAAUCAACCUAUACGAUCUAAUCUAGUGGGACCCGAUUGUUUCUUGUCUUACUUUCGCCUUCUUGCUUUUGAGGUUGGUAUCUCAGCUCCAUUCGAGGAGUUCUUAAUCAUUUUGCAGCUGGGAUUCGACCUGGAUAUCCUCGUUGCGUCACUUCAAGUUCAUCUCCAGUCUGUUAAAAAUGCUUCGGAGUUGACAUGUGGAAGAUGAAGUAGCUGAUGGGUAGCACAUAUGGGAUCGAUAGAGGAGGGAACAAAUUACCUAUCUGACGAAGAUAUUCCAUUGAAGGGAACUCCAGUUGCGAAAAACUUAUCGCAUAGCUUUGACUGUGAGACGGUUCAUGUGCGUUCCUCCCCAGAUGAUAAAAGAUGGUGGAAGACUAACAACAUUCGUUUUAGACCUCUUGAAAGUGCUAAAAUAGUGUUGAUUAAAGCAAAGAUCAACUUGUUACUUCCUUUUGGUCCUUUGGCAAUCCUGCUACAUUAUUUAACUGGAAAGCAUGGUUUGGUCUUCUUUUUCACUUUACUUGGAAUUACACCUUUGGCAGAACGUCUUGGUUAUGCAACAGAGCAGCUUGCUUCCUAUACUGGUCCAACAGUUGGUGGUCUUUUGAAUGCAACAUUUGGAAAUGCAACCGAAAUGAUUAUAUCGAUUUAUGCAUUAAAGAGUGGGAUGAUUAGGGUUGUUCAACAGUCGUUAUUGGGAUCAAUCUUGUCGAAUAUGCUCCUAGUGCUUGGUUGCGCUUUCUUCACUGGUGGGAUUGUUCAUCAUAAGAAUGUGCAGACUUUCAAUAAGGGUACUGCUGUUGUGAAUUCAGGAUUGUUGUUAAUGGCUGUUAUGGGAACAACGUUUCCGGCUGUGCUUCAUUUCACCCACACAGAACUUCAUUCUGGAGAGUCAGCAUUGUCUCUUUCAAGAUUUAGCAGUUGUAUAAUGUUAAUUGCAUAUGCAAGCUUCCUUUUCUUUCAACUAAAAAGUCAGCACAAUCUCUAUGGUUCUCUUGAUGAGGAAGGUGAUGGUGAAGUUGAGGAGGAUCCUGAGAUUUAUGCUUGGGAAGCAAUUGGGUGGCUUGCUAUCUUGACUGUAUGGGUAUCGAUUUUAUCUGGAUACCUUGUUGAUGCUAUUGAGGGAGCAUCUGAAUCAUUACAUUUGCCAGUGGCUUUUAUUAGUGUAAUUCUGUUGCCGAUAGUUGGAAAUGCUGCUGAACAUGCAAGUGCAAUCAUGUUUGCCAUGAAGGAUAAGCUUAACAUCACCCUUGGAGUUGCUAUUGGAUCAUCAACACAGAUAUCCAUGUUUGUGAUCCCAUUUUGCGUCGUUGUUGGAUGGUGUAUGGGAAUACCAAUGGACUUGAACUUUAAACUCUUUGAGACUGCAACUCUGUUUAUAACUGUGCUAGUGGUGGCCUUUAUGUUGCAGGAGGGGACGUCAAAUUAUUUCAAAGGUCUAAUGCUUAUUCUAUGCUACCUCAUUGUGGCAGCCAGCUUCUUUGUACAUGUUGACCCUAGCAGUGAUGAUGAUUAACCCUGGAAGCAAGUUGGUCCUGGAACUUUACUGCAAGCUGAAGUUCUGCAUUGUAUUAAUCCUCAAACCACCAUUGCUUCACUUCGUUGGAAGCUGCAAACAUAAGAG